CUACAACCAAAAAGAGUCUGUUACAAUAUGUGAAAGUGAAAGUGCAGCUUCCUGGUGCCAAGGUCUUGCCAAUUGUGAUUUUCUUCAGCACUGUGAUGUCCAUGUUAUACUACAUGGGAUUGAUGCAGUGGAUCAUCAGAAAGGUCGGAUGGAUAAUGCUUGUUACUAUGGGCUCAUCUCCUGUUGAGUCUCUAGUUGCUGCUGGCAAUAUAUUUGUUGGACAAACAGAGUCUCCAUUGCUGGUCCGACCAUAUUUACCGUAUAUCACCAAGUCAGAACUCCAUGCCAUCAUGACUGCUGGCUUCGCUACAAUUGCUGGAAGCGUCUUGGGUGCAUACAUUUCUUUUGGAGUUUCAUCCACCCACUUAUUAACAGCAUCAGUUAUGUCAGCACCUGCAUCAUUGGCUGUUGCUAAACUCUUUUGGCCUGAGACAGAAAAAUCUAAAAUAACCCUCAAGAAUGCCAUGAAAAUGGAAAUUGGUGAUUCAAGGAAUCUCCUAGAAGCUGCAACACAGGGAGCAUCCUCAUCUAUCCCUCUGGUGGCAAACAUCACUGUGAAUCUGAUUGCCUUCUUGGCCCUGUUGUCUUUUAUGAAUUCAGGCCUSUCCUGGUUUGGAAACAUGUUUGACUACCCACAGCUGAGUUUCGAGCUAAUAUGCUCCUACAUCUUCAUGCCCUUUUCCUUCAUGAUGGGAGUGGACUGGCAAGACAGCUUUAUGGUUGGCAGACUCAUAGGUUAUAAGACAUUCUUCAAUGAAUUUGUGGCUUAUGAGCACCUCUCACAAUUGAUCAAUUUGAGGAAACAGGCUGGACCCAAAUUUGUGAAUGGCACUCAGCAAUAUAUGUCAAUUCGUUCUGAGACAAUUGCCACUUAUGCCCUCUGUGGGUUUGCCAACUUUGGUUCCCUAGGAAUAGUGAUCGGUGGACUCAGUAAGUGAAAAGAUAUUCUUCUA